CAGAUUCAACUCGAUUGAAUCAAUUAACUCUUUACCCCACUUUACUUCAGGUCUAGAUUUCAAAACAUUCAUGUACCGUGACACUCGUGGAUGGAGUGUCAUCUUCUUCUUGUGGUAAACGAGUAACUGGCCUCUGACCUCUGUUUCCUUUUCGUCAGCGUCCUUGCCAUUCCCUUCUACUUCAACUUCCAUCAAAGUCAUCUUUAAUCAGUAUGUAUCGGUUACAAGCUCUCACACAGCAGAGGUGCAGAGCAACUCAGACUGCAUUCACUUAUCUGGGUUCACUAACAUCUGCCAGGUCCAACCAUUCCCGUUCCUAUGCCGCUGAAGAAGUGGCAAGCAGAACUAGCAAUUCAAUGCAAUUUUCAACUUUAAAGGUUGAAGAAAUCUCGGGAUCUCAUCCUGCUGAAGUGUGCAACUUGGUGCAGGGAAAUUGGAUAAGCUCUUCCAGCUGUAACACAAUAUUGGAUCCCCUAAAUGGGGAGUCAUUUAUAAAAGUUGCAGAAGUACAAGAAGCAGAGCUACAGCCUUUUGUGGAGAGCAUGUUGAGGUGCCCCAAGCAUGGACUACACAAUCCUUUCAAAGCACCAGAAAGGUAUCUAAUGCUUGGAGAUGUAUCUGCAAAGGCAGCUCGUAUGCUAUCGUUGCCUGAGGUUUCUCACUUCUUCACAAGGUUAAUACAAAGGGUGGCUCCUAAGAGUUACCAGCAAGCUCUUGGUGAAGUUAUUGUCACCCAAAAGUUUUUAGAAAAUUUCUCUGGUGAUCAGGUCCGUUUUCUGGCGAGGUCUUUUGGAGUACCUGGGAAUCAUCUUGGACAGAUCAGCCAUGGUUUUCGCUGGCCUUAUGGUCCUGUGGCUAUCGUUACUCCAUUUAAUUUUCCACUGGAAAUUCCUGUACUACAGUUGAUGGGUGCAUUAUACAUGGGAAAUAAGCCUGUACUGAAAGUUGACAGCAAGGUGUGCAUUGUAAUGGAACAAAUGCUCCGUCUGCUUCAUGAUUGCGGGCUGCCGUUGAAGGAUGUUGAUUUCUUAAAUUCUGAUGGAAAGACUAUGAACACACUGCUUUUGGAGGGAAAACCGCGCAUGACUCUAUUUACUGGCAGCUCAAGAGUAGCAGAGAAAUUAGCUGGGGACCUUAAAGGUCGCAUAAAGCUUGAAGAUGCUGGGUUUGACUGGAAGAUCCUUGGCCCUGAUGUUGAUGAGGUGGAUUAUGUUGCAUGGGUUUGCGAUCAAGAUGCCUAUGCAUGUAGUGGUCAGAAGUGCUCAGCUCAAUCGAUGCUUUUUAUGCAUGAGAAUUGGAGUCAAAGCCCUCUCAUCAAAUUAAUGAGUGAGCUUGCUGCUAGAAGAAAGUUAGAUGACUUGACAGUUGGUCCCGUUCUCACGUUUACUACAGAAGCAAUGCUGGGCCAUGUGAACAAGUUGCUGCAGAUACCAGGAUCUAAGCUUCUCUUCGGUGGCGAACCCUUGGAAAAUCAUUCCAUCCCUUCAAUUUAUGGUGCCAUUAAACCAACUGCUGUUUUUGUGCCUCUCGAAGAAAUCUUAAAGGAUGAAAACUACAAUCUUGUGACAACUGAAAUAUUUGGCCCAUUCCAGAUUGUCACUGAAUACAAGGAUGAUCAACUGCCUAAUGUCUUGAAUGCCCUUGAAAGGAUGCAUGCAAAUUUAACAGCUGCUGUAGUUUCAAAUGAUCAGCUGUUCCUGCAAGAAGUGAUCGGAAAUUCUGUCAAUGGGACAACAUAUGCUGGAAUAAGAGCAAGAACAACUGGCGCGCCACAAAACCACUGGUUUGGUCCAGCGGGAGAUCCGAGGGGAGCUGGUAUCGGGACACCGGAAGCAAUAAAGCUGGUAUGGUCUUGCCACAGAGAGAUCAUAUAUGAUGUUGGCCCUGUGCCAUCUGCUUGGCAACUUCCCCAGCCAACAUAAUGAGGAAAUCCAAUCGCUCUGUAUUUUUGUAGCAAUGGAAUAAAAAGUGCGAGCAUUUUAACCCGUGCUUCGAGCGAGGCAAAGAGAGGCAAUGGUGAUAAUAUUCCAAACUACAUCAAAGCCGGUUCCUGCGAGAAUGCACCUUCUGAAGAGAAAUGAGAAUAAAAUUUAGCCGUUGGA